AUGAAGUUCUUCUACCCUCUCGCUCUGGCCCUCGCUGCCGUUGUUGCCGCCGCCGAUGAUGACUGCGACGCCGCUCCCAUCGUCGAGGCCUGCCUGACCAGCGAGAAUGCAAAGGUCAAGGACUGCAACGCCACCGACUACGACUGCCUUUGCGCCGCCUACCAGGCCGUCGCCACCUGCUACAACAACUGCCCCAAGGACUCCCGCGCCGCGCCCGCCCAGGGCCAGGUGACAAUCUACUGCCAGCAGGCCUCCCUCUACGGCUCCGCCGCCAUGCGCAAGACCCAGUCCGUCGUCUCGGCCACCGGCUCCGCCUCCGCUGCCGUCGCUUCCAACUCGGCCUCCGCUACCGCCGCCGCCACCGGCACCAGCGCCUCUGGCAGCUCCGCCUCUGCCACCGCCUCGGCCAGCUCCAGCUCCAGCUCCGCCAACAUUGGCGUCGGCCAGCUCGCCCGCAACACUGGCGGCGUUCUCCUCGCCGUUGCCGGUGUCGUUGCCGCUGUCCUCUAA